AAACUGUUGAGGACUGAGGAAGCCAAAAUUGUUCAAGAGAAAGCUGCCAAGAUUAAAGAGUGGGUAACAUUUAAGCUGAGAGAGCUUGAGCUAGAAAAUUACCACCUGAAAAACUGUAAUCAGAGGCUGACGGAGCAAAUUGAAGCCCUUCAGGAUACAUUGCAAGAUAUGACCAGCAUUCCUCCCUUUGAAUCUCUCUGGAACUGUAAUUCUCUGAAGCCCAGAGCAUCACAGGCCUCUCUUGCUGAGAAGAUAGACCAGAAAUCUGUGCUCCUUGCACCUGGUUUCAGACAAGUGUGUCAUACAGUACCUACCAAAUGUGUUGUCUCUACAGCAAACAUAGUCCUUGCCAAUGACACUUUUACUGGGGAUGGAGAAGACAAAUCUCUGCUUUCCCAGAGCACAUUGAAGCUCAUGUCUGACCCAUCAAGCUGGAAUCUCCCCACAGAGAAAGAUGUAUUCCCAGCCAUAAGUUCUCAACACAGGUUAGAGUGCUCUGAUCCUGCAUCACUGGACCCUCCAGCUGAGGCCACAAGAAUCCUUGAGGCUUUGACUUUCCAGCCGUCUUUGGAAGGAAACUGUAUUGCUGUGAGCACCUUGGAACAAGUGGCUUUGGCUGGCACCCGCUUGUCUGAUGAUCUGAGUGCCAGGUUCCACUCCCACCAGCGGGACUCCUCUUCCUCAGGAGAGAUAAUGAGCAUGCUUGAGGGCCGUCUCCGAACUACUGAGCCACCCCUGGUUGUGUCAACAUCAGCUGUUACAGCACAUCCCUUCUGUCCAGGGAGGGAAUGUGGCCUUGGCAGUAGUAUGACCUUUCCAAAAACACAAACUCCCAAUACACCAAGAGACAGUAUCCAACUAGCCAAGAGACAUUACAGCCAACCGCAGCCAGGGGCUAGUUCCUUCCAUCAUGUAGUGAGCUUAGAGGCUAACAGCUUCCAGCCCAUAACAGACUCUCCAGUCUGCCAUGGGCAAAUGAAGGAGACGGACAUUGAUGAUGAUGGGGUACUGGAGAAGAUGGAGACAGAACGUGGCCCAAUGAGGGAAGAAGCUAGAGCAUGUGAGGAAAUCAACCACUUAUCUGCAGGGCGAAGAGAAGCUGUGAGUUCUGAGGCUGGCAUACUUGACCCAGGAGGUAAACCUCCCACUCCACCGCUGCACAGAUUCCCAUCAUGGGAGAGUCGAAUCUAUGCUGUGGCCAAGUCUGGCAUGAGGUUGUCUGAAGUGGCCACAGUGAAUGAUACUUCCAGCUGCUUUUCCAAUUUCUCACGUUCAACUUCUGGGCCAUUUACCUGUCUCAUCUACAGAAAUGUCACAGUGCCAGUCUACACUACGCUGAAGGGGAAAGCCACACAGAUCAGCAACGUGCCUUUCUUAGAUGAGUCUUCAGGCUCUGAUGAUGACUGUGGCUCUCAUGCCAGCUUCAGGACUUCUACUGCUGGAUCUGAGAACAGGAAAGCUAGCGUGCCAGGCAGCCCUCGUGCAGUGAAGAGAGGUGUAUCUAUGUCCUCACUGAGCUCUGAGAGUGACUAUGCCAUCCCUCCUGAUGCCUACUCCUUGGAUGGUGACUAUUCAGAGCCAGAGCAUAAGCUACAGCGAACAUCUUCCUAUUCCACUGAUGGUGGAAUCUGCACUGAACCCAUGGAGAAAUCAGGUUACUUGCUGAAAAUGAGCAGCCAGGUGAAGAUGUGGAAGAGACGAUGGUUUGUUCUAAGAAACAGACAAAUCAUGUACUACAAGUCUCCGAGUGAUGUUAUCCGCAAACCACAAGGGCAGAUGGAGCUGAAUUCCUCGUGCCAAAUUGUCAGAGGUGAAGGGUCCCAAACGUUUCAGCUCAUGACAGAAAAGAGAACCUACUUCCUGACAGCAGACUCUCCCAACAUCCUGGAGGAAUGGAUUCAUGUCCUACAGAGUAUCCUGAGAGUGCAAGUGACCAGUCCUGUUGGUGUUCCUCACAAUGAUGCUAAACCUACUGUGAAAGGUUGGCUCACCAAGGUUAAGCAUGGUCACUCCAAGCUGGUCUGGUGUGCACUGAUUGGAAAAACUUUCUACUACUAUCGAAAUCAUGAAGAUAAGUGUCCCCUAGGUCAUCUGCCUAUGCGUGAGUCCAAAGUGGAAGAAGUAGACCGUUCCUGUGACUCUGAUGAAGAUUAUGAAGCCACUGGUGGAGGACUUCUGUCAUCUCACUGUACACUGGUGAUUCACCCACAGGACCAGAGUCCCACAUACUUACUAAUUCACACCAAACAGGAGAAGAACACCUGGCUAUACCAUCUAACCGUAGCAGCUGGUAGCAGUAAUGCCACAGUGGGCACAUCAUACGAACAACUCAUUGGAAAACUAUUGGAUGCAGAGGGAGACCCUAAUUCUCCUCUGUGGAAACAUCCCAUGUUGUGCUACAGUAAAGAUGGUUUGCACACAUCCCUCACCACUCUGCCAUCGGAGGCUCUACAGACUGAAGCUCUGAAACUUUUUAAGUCCUGUCAGCUGUUCAUCAAUGUCCCUGUGGAGGCACCCUCUAUUGAUUAUCACGUGUCGCUUGCCCAGACAGCACUGCAGGUCUGCUUGACACAUACUGAGCUGCAGAAUGAAAUUUACUGUCAGCUUGUUAAACAGACCAGCUGCCGACAGCCCCAGAACCAUUCAGUCAUUCAGUGCUGGCAACUCCUGGCUUUGUGUGCUCCUCUAUUCCUGCCUCAGCAUCACUUUCUCUGGUACAUCAAACAGCACUUGCAGCGACAUGCAGACCCCAGGAGUGAAAUAGGCAAGUAUGCCAUCUACUGCCAGAGAUCAGUAGACCGCACUGUGCAGACUGGUGAGCGGGAAGCCAAGCCCUCCCGGAUGGAGAUUGUGUCCAUCCUGCUGAGAAAUCCCUACCACCACUCACUCCCCUUCAGCAUCCCAGUGCACUUCAUGAACGGAACCUACCAGGUUGUAGGUUUUGAUGGUUCCUCAACAGUUGAUGAAUUCAUCCAUCGACUGAACCAGGAGACAGGAAUGAGGAAGCCAUCCCACACAGGUUUUUCUCUGUUCACAGAUGAUCCUUCUGGCAGGAAUUUGGAACAUUGUCUGCAGGGCAACGUGAAG